AUGGUCCGCCGAAUGUCGGCGAACCCAGGCCUGGAAGCAGUCAAGGCGUACCUGCCGUACAACGGGCUGUGGUCGGUCAACUUCAACCGGCGCGGGGUGAACAAGGGUUCAGGGCUGCGCGCGCUGUGUGGUCUACUGGGUAUCGAGCCGUCGGAGGUAGCGGCGGUCGGGGACAGCUUCAACGACGUUGCCAUGUUCGAGACGGCUGGGCUGUCGAUUGCGAUGGGCGGCGCGCCGCCUGAGCUACUCAAACUGGCUCAUCACGCCGUCGCAAGUGUCGAGCAGGACGGUCUUGUCGAGGCCAUCGAGCGGUACGUGCUGCCCGCAUCGUAG